GUGAGAGGAGUUGCAGGAGAAAAGCAGGGGGGGUUUGAUAAGUUUGAUGGGUGGGGAGAAAGUGGGAUGGAUGCAGGGAGUGCAGGAGGAGGGGAGAUACAGCAUUCUGGACUCAAUCAGAUGGGGGGUAAAAAGAGGAGGGCAGAGACAGAAGUUUGACAUACCGAAGACAAAGACCACAGCAACUGGAAGCUUCGGUUAUUUCCACCAUCAUCUCUGCACCACUUCGUCCACAGCAACAAUUUGAUCGGUGGAUUGGAGAAGACGACAGAAGAUUUAGGACGCAAUCUUUUCCACUGACAUCUCAGGAUAUCUGACGGAAACCAAAAGCAAAGCUGCAGGACACCAAUUUAUCACCUAAAGAGAUAAGGCUUCAAAGGGGAACCUCCAAGAAGAUCUCAAAGCCUGUUUUAACUUCACUCUGGAGAACUGGAAAAGAACAGCUGAAGGAAUAAAAGCAGAACGAAAGAGCUUCAUUAAAGUGUGCAGGGAGUGCACGAGUGUGGCUGACAGACUGGUCACAAGUCUUCUGCAGAAGAAGUGAGAAAAGCAGCAAAAAUCUGGAGGAGGAACAGCAAGAGGUCCACCGGGCCCCACAGCACAACUUCGUUAUGAGUAUGGCCGGUACUCUCGAGAGGGGGGCACACCAUCAGGCCUUGGACUUGUCUGAGGAACUGCCACCUCACCACCACCAUCACCACACCAACCACCACCAGCAGCAGCAUCUUCACCAUUCCAACUCCCUGGCAUCCACCGCGGCUGUGGGUGGAGGGAGAGAAACACCUUCACGUGUGGUUGUGCCUCCUCCUUAUUCUGCAGCUGAGAGUGGCGGCGGGGGAAGCGAGGCUCCUCUGGAGCUGCGGGGAUCUCUCGACUGCUGGGCCUGCUCGGUGCUGGUCACCGCUCAGAACGUGCUGAUCGCCGCAAUCAACGCGUGCCUCGCUGGACUGGUGUUCGGGAUCAUCCUGACACCAGCCAUCGUCAUGGUUGUGUUUGGCUUCCUCUGUCACUCUACAGUGCGCCCCCAUGGAACUACACCCUACUGCUCAGACCUACUGACCGAUGGAGGCUGUGUGGCUUUGCUGGUGGUGGGCUUCCUCUUGGUCACCCCUCUGCUAGUCCUGGCGCUGGCUGCAUACUGUCGUCUGGCCCGACACCUCCAGCUGGGCCUGUGUUUCAUUCCAUACAGCCGGGCCGUGUACAAGAACCUCCCGGCCACCCAGCAUCGUGGCCUGGGCACGGGCUGCUGCGGGAGUCGAGAUGCUGCUGAUGGCGGUGGAAAGGGGAAGGUCUGGGUGUGAGAUGACUGUGGGCUUGGUAAAGGGGAAAAGAAAAUGGGGUGAGAAAAGACCUUUAGAUUAAGUAAAGGGGCACGAACAAAAAAAGAGGGGUUAAGAAAAGGCAGCAGAUGUCAGGAAAAUUGAGAUAUGUGAACUAUAAUUAUCUUGUAACUUUCUAGUUACAAUAUUGCCUCAGCAUUAUGGAAAAAAAUGAAUCCAUACAAAGCGUGUAUACUUCAAAUGAAACUAAAACAAAUGCAAAUUCCACUUUGUUAAAUAACACGGUCUCAAUAAGAGAGCCUGUUCAAGUCAAUAAAUUACAGCCGAGAUAAAAAGACACUUACAUGAUGGUCUGGUUUAUUUUUAUGUGUUUUUAAGUGAUUGAGAGGAAGCUGAACAUCUGAAAAACAUCAAAUCCCACAAAGGUUGUACUGACACUUCACAGCUGUAUCCUGUCACAUUUAUGUUAUAAUGAGAAACAUUUAUAUGUCUAGUGUAGUUUUCUUUUUAGCUGUUGCAAACUGUAACUGCAUUCUCUUGCAUGUUUUGUUUCCUUUUUUUGAAUAAAUAAAGCUACGAGAGUUA